AUGGGUAUGACUGGAGUUGGAAAGAGCUCUUUCAUUCAGUUGUUCACACCCGACACGGUUGGAGUGGGUGAUGACCUAGAAUCAUUCACCACUCAAGUGGCCAUCUUCCCAUGCAAGAUGCCCAACAGCGAUGAGUCAUUCUACCUCGUCGACACGCCUGGGUUUGAUGAUAGCAAUCGACCAGACCAAGAGAUACUUCGCGAGCUUUCGAGCUGGCUUACCAAGACAUAUUCGGAAAAUAUCCGACUUUCCGGAAUCAUCUACUUGCACAGAAUCAUAGAUGUAAGGUUCAGCGGCGCUGCGAUGCGCAACCUAUCCAUGUUCAAAAAGCUCUGUGGCGAUGGCAACCUGGCCUCGGUCGUGCUCGCCACCACUUUCUGGGCCAAAGUAGAUGAGAAAACAGGACGAGAACGAGAAGACCAACUCAAGACAACACCUGCUUUCUGGGGCAACAUGGUCAACCGUGGCAGUCAGGUUUUCCGACAUGAUUUCGAGGAGCAGUCGGGCAGCUCGAUUAUCCAGUAUCUCCUGGAUCGUCGAGACAAGCCGGUGUAUGCCAUUCAAGAUGAGAUGGUCAACAAGAAAAAGACCCUUGAAGAGACCGCGGCAGGUUCUGAAGUGCAGGCCGAGAUGGACAAGAUGCGUCGGAAGUAUGAGCAGAUGAUUGUCGACAUCAAGCAGGAGAUGCAGGAACACCUCAAGAACCGUGAUGAGGCCGCCCGGCAGGCGCUCGAGGCCGAAAGGAAGGAGCGCGAAGAGUUCAUCAGGAGAGAACUCGAAGAGAGGAAGAAGAUGCAAGCGCAAGCAGAUGCCCUCUGGGAUCAACGCGAGGCGGAGCGGGAGAAGGAGCGGCAAGAGCACAUGAGGCGUCUGGAGGCUAUGCAGAAGCAAUAUCUGGAGAUGCAACUGCAAGCAGCCAAGGCCAAAACAGAUGCCGAACACCAGCGCCGACUGGCGGAGUUGCAGAAACAGAUUGAGAUUGCACAGGUCAAGAAUGAAGCCCUCGAGCGGUCGAGAUUUUCAGUCAGGGCUAAAUCGUUCGUCAGGGAGUUUGUAGACUUUUUCCGGUGA